UCAAAUUCCCCCAACCUUUUUCUUCUUUGUAUGCAGUGAUUACCAACAUCCGCUCUCGCGGGUUCCAGAGACGGUCAAGGGGUCUUCUGUGUUUUGUUCAGCUUGAAACCCGCUUUGUUCUUCAGCACCUCCGAAAGAACAGAUAUGGCCGAGGAUGCUCCUGUUGAACUGAAAGAUGAUGUGCCAGAAGCAUAGAACAUGGAUUUUGAUUUGGAUCCUUUUGCUGAUAUUCUUCCUUCAAGCGGUAAUGCACGAGCUGGGGCCAAGUUCCAACCCAAAGCGAAACCCCGUCCUAGAAAGGAAGCAGCCAGCACAUCAACUAAGAUCCCCUCCAAUGCAAUAAAGGAAAAUACUGUUACAAAUACAGCAGACUCCAGUCUCCAUGGUUCUACUACAGAAAAGCCUGUAACACGUAUCACAGCAGAUUCUUCCUCCAGGCUUCUCAUUACUGAAGGGAUGACAAACAAUGCCAAGACUUUGCAUUCUGGACUUCCAAUCUCUGAUGGUGCUAUUAGUUCUGAACCAGUGGAAUCUUUAUCCCAAAUUGCUGUAAACCAAAAGAUUGGGGGUUCUGGAGAUGCUCUCAACUCAAAAGUUGCAGCCUCUAACAGCCAUGUAGAUUUGCAGUCUGGUUUUGGAAAAUUGGGAGAGACUGCAGAUAUUCUUUCCGAGCUGGAAUUUCUUGACAAUAUUCUUUCUCAAUCCGCCAGUGCAACUGCAAAUUCUGCUAAUGAGUUCCAGAGUGACGCAGUGAUAGAUGACCAGACAGGAAGCAGACCUCUUACAUCACAUCCUAUUACCACUAAGGAGGGUGAUACCAUUUCAUCUCCUGGGAGCAAUAUUCUCCAUGCUUCCAAUUACCAGGACUCAGAGGUUUUUUCUUCUAUUGGCUCAGAAAACUUCAGGGCAUUUAAUUCUACAUCAACUGAAGGAUCCACUGAAUUCCUUAACAGAAAUAGGGAUCUGCAAGUGGACAAUGGGAAAUCCAAAAGAGAGGAACAAGUGGCAUUCCAUGGCCUGGGAACUCUCGGUGUUAUUUCUGAGGCCACCACUAUGUCCGAUGGUGGUAACAUCCAAGCUAAGUCAAAUGUUCAUAAUGAAAGUGGAAGCCCCAUCACUCCCAGCAGUCAUCCUGAUGCAGAGGAGUUUGUUUCUUUUCCAGAAGAAUCUCAAAUGUUAUCUUCCGAAAUUGAGCACUUGGAUGACAACUCUCUUCCUGCCUUUCCAUCUGAUGGCUUUCUUGAUUUCUCAACUAUGAGGGUUCCUCAUUCUGCACCAAUGGAUUAUCCUUCCGAGUUUCCAGUCACCGAAGAGACAGCUCCCCUUCCUGAGGUACCUGGCUUAGGUGCUGAAGUCACUGGAAAAGAAAUGGAUUCACAAGCCAUCACUGGAACAUCAACAAAAGAGACUAGAAAAAGAAAAUCUUCAAAAGUAUGUACACAAACAGUCAAAAAGACACAAUCCCAGAACUUCGAAGAACCUUCACCUAUAUCAGCAGCAAAUGAGGAGAAUGAAACUACUAAAUCUUCAAGGAAGCUAAGAAAGAGAGUUGUUCGUGAUUCUGAGGAAAUAGAAGAUGACAACCUUCCUUUUGAACAUUCUAAUGAUUCUAUAGUGGAUGAAGAGGACAAUAAUGAUGAAGAGGAUGAUGAGUAUAGAGGAGAAAAUACAUUCUCAAGAAGGGGGAUAAUGAAGAAAAUGAAGAAACCUACAACUGAAAAUGAAAAACCAGUUCGUAGGCAUAAAAAGGUAUCUGAAGGAUCGGAUCCAUCAAAUAAAGAACAACCAAAAAAGAAGUUCUCUCAUUCUACCAGGCGGAAGAGAAGACAAGUGGACAAGGUUUAUCUUGAAACUCCAGAUGAGGAAAUUAAUCCACAAAAGCUGGUGAUUAAGGAUCUAAUCAUGCUUGCAGAGGCUAAGGAACGAAUAUCGAACAAAGAGGCAUCAACAUUGAAGAAAUCUGUUCCCAAUCAGAGUGCUAAAAAUUCUCCCCCCCAAGAUACGUUCUUUGACGAACAGGAUCCCUUCACCUCAGCGCAAGGUCUCAACUCUGAUGAUGAUCAAGCAAAUCAUACAAUACAAAAGAAUUCCUUUAAACUAAAUUACCACUCCUUUAUGGACAGGACACCUCAUGGAAGAUGGUCAAAACAAGAUACAGAAUUGUUCUAUCAGGCUGUUCGGCAGUUUGGGACAGAUUUUGCAAUGAUACAACAACUAUUUCCUAAUCGAUCACGACAUCAAGUGAAAUUAAAAUAUAAGAAGGAAGAACGCAAGCAUCCUUCCCUGCUGUAUGAUGCAUUAACAAAUCGCUCAAAAGAUCAUUCCCAUUUUGAACUAGUUAUUGAGCGACUACAGCAAGCCACUGCCCAAGCAGAGAAGGAUUCUGGUAGAGAUGAGGAAUCGUUUGGUCUGACAGGAGAGGAAGAAGAGGUCACUCAUGAAAAAAAUGAAGAAGUAGCUAAACCAGAGCAGGAGAAAGCAGCCAAAGAUCUGGAACCAAAGGUUCCUGAAGUUCAUAGUCCUGUCAAGUCUCAUGAAAGUGAAGAUGACCUCUUCUAUAGAUGGAGUCAGUAUAAAAGCAUAGAUGAUUUUUAUCCUGAAGAUACGGGAAAAGGUGAUUAUGAAAUGUAUUGAAUGAGAACAAGAACUUACAAAUUUCUUUUGUUUAUCCUAAUUUUGUAUAUUUCCUUUUGAACAGCAGGUUAGAGAUAAACAGGGCAAAAUUUCAUUUGUAUAGAGAACUACCAUUCUUUCAUUUGUUUUUUCCCCCACUGCAACCGUUCUUUUUCGUAUUUUUUUGAUAAAAAACCACUGCAACCAUUCUUUCA